CCUUGCUCUUCAUUCUUCUUUCUCUCUUCUCUCUUUCUUUCUUUGCUUUUCUCUACCCCAAACUCUUCGUUCGUGUGUGCGUUUACUUUGUCAUCUUUCAUACCCUUUUUUCUUUCUUUCUUUUUAUUAUACAUAUCUUAUUCCUUCGCACGCUUGUCAUCUACCACUUUACAGAUACACGUCAACCAUCAUACCAUCAUGCCUGCUCCAAUCCCAACUCCGAACAUCAAUAUUACUUCGACAAAUGUCCAUUGUGAUGAACAUUCCUCGGCCGCUUCUUCCUUUGGUGCAUCUUCACUUCGGAGACAAUCCCUGGCCUUGUCCUUCAAUUCCUUUCAUGCUUCACAACUGCGCCGUUCUUCUUUCCUUUCCCCUUUUUCAUAUUCACAGUCGCCUCAAUUCUCAGACCACAACGCCUUACUUGAUUCGUACAGCUCCUCUCCAACCAGAGGUGAUGUCUACGAGCGCGAUCUAGAAACAAACUAUUGCAAAAACUUCUCUUGCUGCGGCCUCACCCUCGGCGAUUUACAUGAGCUCUUACAGCACUAUGAAGAAGCACAUGUGCACUUUGAGGAGGGAGAAGAAGAUGACAUGUUGGCUGUGAUGGGUUUUAUGGAUGAUGAUGGCUGGUCCACACAAUCCGAGUCAGCUCCUAACAGCCCUCAGAUGAUUAAUAAUAACAGCAAUCACAUCAAUGCCGCAGCAGCAGCAACAGUCUCGGCUCUAACAGCAUCAACCUAUGGUGCCAAAAAGAAGACGAAUGGGGUCUCAUUAUCCGACAUUUACUCGGAAGACUCGCUUUUUAUCCCAGACGAAGCCGUCUCUGCCUUCUCAAACUCUAUUUUGAGAACAGCCACGCAAGCCAGCUCUACCACUUGUAAGAAGCGAGACCUCGCUGCCUUCUCCUCUUCAUUUGACACACAUAGUCCGCUUGCCAAGAAGCCAAUCUCGGCACUUCAUUCCUCCAAGACCUCCUUCUCCACCAAUGCUACCGCUGCCGCUGCUCUCACUGCUGCCUCACUCAUGAGCGAUCUCCAGUCUUCGGCAGCCUCCAAGGGCGUCAUUGCUGCAACUAGCACAAUGGCCGCGUUGGCCAGCCAGGAUGAGCUCAUGAGCUCCGUCACUGGCUACUUGGAACAGGCGAUCCAGCGCGGAUUGCUUCCUAACUGCGGCGAAGUUGGUUCCCCCAGUUAUUUGCUUGCAGUCGAAGAGUUACUUCGUAAGCGGGACGAGAUCGUUAGCAUGAUGGAGAACAUUGGCAGACCCGGUACCGCAGGGGCGGACAAGCCUUAUCGAUGCAACGUCAACGGGUGCGACAAGGCCUACAAGAAUCCUAACGGCCUCAAGUACCACAAUCAGCACGGACAUAGUGUUCAGCCUGGAUCCACCGAAGAUGAAAAGGCUGGCUCAAAGCCUUAUCGCUGUACUUUUAUGGACUGCGGCAAGUGUUACAAGAAUUUGAAUGGUCUCAAAUAUCACAUCGAGCAUUCGCAUCCCAACCUAGCGGCUGCUCUCUACGCUAAUAUCCCUGGCUUUACAAACUUGGAGGGAAGCAAUGCCAGCCAGGCUGCCAUCACUGCUGCCGCUGCCAUUGCCGCAGUCAAGGGUGAUAGCAUCAUGAUGAGUGCUAUCAAUGCAAUUAUUGCAUCCGCUGCCAAUAACGGCAAUCGUCCAGUGUCAUCCUCGCCCAGCGACCAUACCCCUGAUUCCAGUCCUAACACAAGCCCUGUGCUCGGGCCCACCGCCUUUCAUGCCACAGAGAAUCCCUUCUCCACGGACGUAUCCCCAAUCGCAUCCCCCCUCCUUUCCCGUGCUACUCUUCCCAACUCGACAUUGUCGAUCCAAACAACUGUUGGUGGCACUAAGGACGUUCCUCUCAGGUUAGCGGGAUUGAUGACUCCCUCGUCACUCUCACCCACUUUGGUGGCUACUCCAAAGUCUCCGCUUAACGGCUCACAGGUUUCGACACUAACGGCUGCACUGGCUGCAGUCGCCGUUGAACAGCAACGUUCUCUGCAGUAACUUUUUUUAUUUUUUCCUUAUUUUAUUUUUUUCUGCUGGUAAUAUCAGAGUGGAGUAAACAGUUGAGGCGUAUCAUGCAGCGUCCCCGCCGUAGAGAGAGGCAAGGUUUACUUGCUGAAGCAUCUCUUUGGGUCAUCUUGAGGAUGACUGGAGAACAAGAAUUUUUUUUUAUCUGGACAUCCCAGUGCGUCAGGAUUAGUCCGAUGUAUACUUUUUCAUGCAAUUGUAUUUUUUUCAUUUCUGUAUUUUGUUUGAUCCACACGUGUAUAAUUCCCAUCGUUUCCCCCCCUUCAUACAGCUCUCUGGUCUUCUUAGCAUUCAAUCGUAUAUAGCCAUUUUCUGUUGCUCUUGACUUGAGCUUAUUGUUUACUAUUAUCG